UGCUCUCCGGCCAUCAUGGCGUCUCCCAGUGGGAAGGGAGCCCGGGCGCCGGAGGCUCCUGCCUGCGGGCCCCGGCCGCUCGCCCGGGACUUGGUGGACUCCGUGGACGACGCGGAGGGGCUGUACGUGGCGGUCGAGCGGUGUCCGCUGUGCAACACCACCCGCCGGCGGCUGACCUGCGCCAAGUGCGUCCAGAACGGCGAUUUCGUCUACUUCGAUGGCCGCGACCGGGAGAGGUUUAUAGACAAGAAAGAAAGGUUAAGCCAACUUAAGAGCAAGCAAGAAGAAUUUCAAAAAGAAGUGUUAAAAGCUAUGGAAGGAAAAUGGAUAACAGAUCAGUUGAGAUGGAAAAUAAUGUCCUGCAAGAUGAGGAUUGAACAGCUGAAACAAACAAUCUGUAAAGGAAAUGAGGAAAUGAAAAUAAAUUCUGAAGGCCUUCUGAAAACCAAGGAAAAGAAUCAGAAGCUCUACACUCGAGCACAGCGGCAUCAAGAGAAAAAGGAGAAGAUUCAGAGGCACAAUCGCAGACUUGGUGACCUGGUAGAAAAAAAAACCAUUGACUUAAGAAGUCAUUAUGAGCAUCUGGCAGAUCUUCGGCGAUCUCAUAUAUUAGAGCUCACCUCUGUCAUUUUUCCAAUCGAGGAAGUAAAGACUAGUGUGAGAGAUCCCGCAGAUGUGUCCUCAGAGAGCGACAGUGCCAUGACCUCCAGCACCGUGAGCAAGCUUGCCGAAGCCCGGAGGACAACUUACCUCUCAGGAAGAUGGGUCUGUGAUGAUCACAAUGGGGACACCAGCAUUAGCAUUACAGGGCCUUGGAUUAGCCUUCCCAACAAUGGGGACUACUCUGCAUACUACAAUUGGGUGGAAGAGAAGAAAACCACGCAGGGACCUGACAUGGAGCACAGUAACCCCGCUUACACGAUCAGUGCUGCAUUGUGCUAUGCGACUCAGCUGGUCAACAUUCUGUCUCAUAUACUUGACAUAAAUCUCCCCAAAAGGCUGUGCAACAGUGAAUUUUGUGGGGAAAAUCUCAGUAGACAGAAAUUUACUCGAGCAGUGAAGAAACUGAAUGCAAAUAUUCUCUACCUGUGCUUUUCUCAGCAUGUAAACUUAGAUCAGUUACAACCACUGCAUACUCUCAGGAACCUAAUGUACCUGGUCAGUCCGAACUCUGAACACCUGGGCAGGUCGGGACCCUUUGAAGUGCGAGCGGACCUGGAGGAGUCCAUGGAGUUCGUGGAGCCCGGCGUUGCCGGGGAAUCUGCUGAGAGCGGCGACGAGCACAUCAGUGAUGAGGAGACCGACCUGGGCACGGACUGGGAGAACUUGCCGAGCCCACGGUUUUGUGAUAUCCCUUCGCAGCCCGUGGAAGGCUCCCAGAGCCAGAGCGGCCAGCUGUCCCCGCCUGGUGCGAGCAGCAGUGCCGGGGGGAUGAUCUCGUCCGCCGCGGCCUCGGUGACCUCCUGGUUUAAGGCGUACACUGGACACCGCUAAUGCAUGCGGACCGAAAGGCGCCAGGUUUGUGUCAAAGUUGUUCUUCCACUGUGCUCCAGUAAACUUCGUGUGUUCAGUUAGGGUAGUGCCUGGAACAAAAAGAGGUUAAACCGUUGGGGUUUUUUUUUUAAAGCAGGGAGACAAGCAUUUCUGUGUAUCAGAUGGCUGAUGGGGGUGACC